UAGUUCUCUAUUUGUAAAAAGAAACUAGUUAUUAGGCUCGGGCUACACUUCGGGUAAGAAAAAUAUUCGUUUAUUAAUAUAAUACUUUAUGAUAAUAACAGUAAAUACAACUUAGUCUAGUGGUUAAAACUUUAGUAUAUGUACUUGAGGUCUCAAAAUCAAACCCUAUACUCUGCAAUUUUUAAAUUUUUUUGACACGCCUUUUAAUAUAUUUGUAUAGAUUAGGCUAUGAAUUUACAUAUUAAAAAAAAGUAAUCGUACUGCACAAAUAAUAGUCAUAACUCUUGGUAUGAAAAUUCUAAAUUAGUGCAUUCAACUUCAAACAAACAUUGCGGCUAAGCAUGGAAUGGAACCAUUAUAAACAUGACCAAAUUUCUCCCGUGUUGACAUUUUCAUACUGGGACGAAAAUCGCAAAUUGAAUAUUAUUGAAGUUGAAACUUGGAACAGAGCAGAUCAUAAUUAUUAGUUGCACUUUCAGCUAUCUUAUCUCUCACUUGAAUGGUUUGAUCUGUCUUUCUAACUUGUCCCGCAAAAAAAAAAAAAAAAAAAAAAAAAGAAAAAAGCUUGGUGCUCUAUAUGCUGCUUAACAUAUCUAAGCUUAUGUGAUCACGAAACCAGAAAAAGAAUAACCAUGGAUAGAAAAAAGAACUGGUAUCUAGCAUUCUUCUCAAUUUAUAUGCCAAUUAUCUUACUGAUAAUUUCCAAAACAGCAUUCGCACAAACUCCCAUACAUCAUGACUGCUCAAAUACCACUAUGUUCGCUAACAAUACCCAAUAUGAAGCCAAUCUCAACACCCUCUUCCGUUAUCUAUCCUCCAAUGCCACCAACCCCAGUGGCUACCAUCAAGCGACUUCUGGCAACGACAACACCGAAAGCGAGGAAGUAUUUGGCCAUUUCCUCUGCCGUGGGGAUCAGAACACUAGCUCGUGCCAAGAUUGCGUUAACACUGCCACCACUACCGACCUUCCAAACAUAUGCCCAAACCGAAAAGUUGCUAUUAUAUGGUACGACAAUUGUAUGGUAAGGUAUUCCAACCUAUCAUUUUUUGGUAGAAUGGAUGGGUCGUCGAGUACGAUCUUGUCCAAUCGGAAUAAUGUGACUGGGAACUCGACCAGGUUUGAGGAACUUGUAGGGAAUAUGUUUAGAAAUGUCAUUGUCGUUCGAGCUGCAAAUGGUGGAUCGCAGAGGAAGUUUGCGACAGAUACGGCAAGUUAUACGAGUUUGCAAACAUUAUACGGGUUGGGGCAGUGUACGCCGGAUUUGAGCGUCAGUGAUUGUAAUAGAUGCUUGGAGAUUGGUAUUGGAAAUUGGGCUUCGCGACUUACUUCGGGUGGACAAGUUUUGCAGCCAAGCUGUGUUGUCCGUUAUGAGAUGAAUCCUUUCUUUGAAUUGUCGUCACUAGCGCCACCACCCCAGCCGUUGCCACUACCUCCAGGGCAGUCACCCACUAGCGAUUCCGCCCACUCUGAAAGCAGAAUCUCAACAACGGUGAUUAUUGCCAUUGUUGUUCCUGUGGUGGUUAUCUUAGUGGCGUUGAUUGUUAUAUGCGUUUGUUGCGCCAAAUACAAGAAAACCAAGACGUAUGAUCCUGUUGCGAAAAGUGGUGAGGAUUUUACAACCAUUGAAUCUUUGCAAUAUGACCUAGCAACGCUUAAAUCUGCAACAAGUAAUUUUUCCGAUGAGAACAAAUUGGGUGAAGGUGGAUUUGGUAGCGUGUAUAAGGGCACACUAUCAAAUGGGCGUGAGAUAGCGGUAAAGAGGUUGUCUAUGAACUCAUCUCAAGGAAUACAAGAAUUCAAAAAUGAGGUCUUAUUAGUAGCAAAACUUCAACACAGGAAUUUGGUGAGGCUUUUCGGAUUUUGUUUGGAAGGAGAAGAAAAGUUACUUGUAUAUGAAUAUGUGCCCAACAAGAGCCUUGACAAAAUUCUUUUUGAUCCUGUAAAUCAAAGUCUUCUUGACUGGGGUACACGUUACCAAAUUAUAGAAGGCAUAGCUCGAGGAAUGCUUUAUCUCCAUCAUGAUUCUCAACUCCGAAUUAUACACCGAGAUCUGAAGGCAAGUAAUGUCUUGUUGGAUGCCGAUAUGAAAGCUAAAAUAGCAGAUUUUGGAUUAGCAAGAAUUUUUGGAGUGGAUCAAACCCAAGGCAAUACAAGCAGGGUUGUCGGAACAUAUGGCUACAUGGCACCUGAGUAUGCAAUGAACGGGCAGUUCUCUAACAAAUCAGAUGUAUACAGUUUUGGUGUCUUAGUGUUGGAAAUUAUUAGUGGUAAGAGAAAUAACACAUGUUAUGAAUCAGGGCAUAUAGAGGACCUUCUUUGUCAUGCAUGGAAACAAUGGAGAGAUAACAUGAUUCUGGAAUUUGUUGAUCCAACAAUAAGGGAAUCGUGCUCAAUGGACGAAAUUAUGCGAUGCGUACACCUUGGCUUGAUAUGUGUUCAGGAAUCCGCAGAUGAUAGACCUACUAUGGCAACAAUAGUUCUCACCUUAGACAGCAACUCAGUCACUCUUCCCGUACCAGAAGCACCAGGUUUCUUAUUAAAAACACUAGAGAAGUCCAAGACUUCCAAGGAGAUUGGUUCAAACCGAUCAUCUAGCAAGUCAACACCUUGGUCUAUAAAUGAUGUCUCAAUUACUGAACCUGAACCUAGGUAGGGAUAAUAUCAAAGUAGAAAACAUGGCCGUAUAUAUAUAGUCAUCGGAAUUGUAAGUUAAAAUUUGUAUAUGUUGUAUACUAAAACUAGUCAUUAUGAAGGCGACAGUUUGGCAUGUGUUCUAUGCCAUUUAUCAUGUCCUAGUUACGAUUGUUUUAAAUAUAUCUUGUGCAACGGUUCAACAUAAAUCAUGAGUAGUUCCAUUAGCCUAAGAAACCCUUGUUUUUGUUAGAAAUAUCCUUCAAAAUAGUAGUGGGUUAGUGGGCUAGUGGGCUAGUGGGCUAGUUUAAGUUAGUUUCAUGUAUUUUGAUUUUUUUUUCCUAUUUAGUAGGAUUACUAGAUUUUGAAGCUCGUGCGA